AACUCUCACAUUCCUGGCAUAGCAGCCGCCUCCGGCGCGGGCCGACCCUGGGGCUGCGCGCUGGGGCCCGAGCGGCCAGAGCGUCGGCGCCACCGCCGAGAGCACACCUCCGCCGCCGCGUUAAGCCGAGCCGAGCCGGGUCGUCGGGUCUGACCGCGCCGAGCGCCCUCGGGCCGCAGCGGUGCUCUGGGGCUGGGUGCUGCUGGCCUUUGUCCAGACGGGUGCGUGCAAGGCCAGGGAGCAUGAGGACGCUGGAAGACUCCUCGGGGACAGUCCUGCACCGCCUCAUCCAGGAGCAGCUGCGCUAUGGCAACCUGACUGAGACACGCACGCUGCUGGCCAUCCAGCAGCAGGCCCUGCGGGGUGGGGCCGGGGCUGGGGGCACAGGGACCCCCCAAGCCCCCCUGGAGAUCGUGGCACCCGAGGACAGCCAGGUGCUGCAGCAGGCCACCAGGCAGGAGCCCCAGGGCCAGGAGCACCAGGGCACCGAGGCCCACCUGGCAGAGAACAACCUCUACCGGCUGUGCCCACAGCCCAGCAAGGGCGAGGAGCUGCCCACCUACGAGGAGGCCAAAGCCCACUCGCAGUACUAUGCAGCCCAGCAGGCAGGGCCCCGGCCACAUAUUGGGGACCGGGAUCCCCGCGGGGCCCCGGGAGGUGGUCGGAGGCAGGAUGAGGCGCUGCGAGAGCUGAGGCAUGGGCAUGUGCGCUCCCUGAGUGAACGGCUCCUGCAGCUGUCCCUGGAGAGGAAUGGGGCGCGCACCCCCAGCCACAUAAGCUCCUCCCACAGCUUCCCCCAGCUGGCCCGCAACCAGCAGGGCCCCCCGCCCAGGGCCGCCCCUGCCGAGGGCCCAGAGCCCCGCGGCCCUCCACCUCAGUAUCCCCAUGUCAUGCUGGCUCAUGAGACCGCCUCUGCUGUCCCUGACCCGCGGUACCGCGCCCGUGGCAGCCCACACUUCCAGCAUGCUGAAGUCAGGAUCCUGCAGGCCCAGGUGCCCCCCAUGUUCCUCCAGCAGCAGCAGCACCAGUACCAGUACCUGCAGCAGCCGCAGGAGCACCUCCCACCUGCACCCCCUGCUGCCCUCAGCCAUGGCCCGCUGGGCCCCCUCGGCCCACCUGGGGUGGAGGGCCCAGUAAGCACCCAGGCCCCCUCGGCCACCUCGGGUAGCGCCCACCUGGCCCAGAUGGAGACCGUGCUGAGGGAGAACGCCAGGCUGCAGAGGGACAACGAGAGGCUGCAGAGAGAGCUGGGGAGCUCGGCUGAAAAGGCUGGGCGCAUCGAGAAGCUGGAGAGCGAAAUCCAGCGGCUCUCCGAGGCCCACGAGAGCCUGAUGAGGGCCUCUUCCAAGCGGGAGGCCCUGGAGAAGACUAUGCGGAACAAGAUGGACAGUGAGAUGAGGAGGCUGCAGGACUUCAACCGGGAUCUGAGAGAAAGAUUGGAAUCUGCAAACCGCCGCCUGGUAAGCAAGACGCAGGAGGCCCAGGCAGGCAGUCAGGACAUGGUCGCCAAGCUGCUGGCUCAGAGCUACGAGCAGCAGCAGGAGCAGGAGAAGCUGGAGCGGGAGACGGCACUGCUGCGUGGAGCCAUUGAGGACCAGCGGCGGCGCGCCGAGCUGCUGGAGCAGGCGCUGAGCAACGCGCAGGGCCGGGCGGCGCGGGCAGAGGAGGAGCUGCGGAAGAAGCAGGCCUAUGUGGAGAAGGUGGAGAGGCUGCAGCAGGCCCUGGGGCAGCUGCAGGCUGCGUGCGAGAAGCGGGAGCAGCUGGAGCUACGUCUGCGGACGCGCCUGGAGCAGGAACUCAAGGCCCUGCGUGCGCAGCAGAGACAAGCAGGCAACCCCGGUGUUGGCAGUGGCAGUGGUGGGUCCCCGGAGCUCAGCGCUCUGCGGCUGUCAGAGCAGCUACGGGAGAAGGAGGAGCAGGUCCUGGCGCUGGAGGCUGACAUGACCAAGUGGGAACAGAAGUAUUUGGAGGAACGUGCCAUGAGGCAGUUUGCCAUGGAUGCAGCCGCCACGGCCGCCGCCCAGCGCGACACCACUCUCAUCCGACACUCCCCCCAGCCCUCACCCAGCAGCAGCUUCAAUGAGGGCCUGCUCGCUGGCAGCCACAGGCAUCAGGAGAUGGAGAGCAGGUUAAAGGUGCUCCACGCCCAGAUCCUGGAGAAGGAUGCGGUGAUCAAAGUCCUUCAGCAGCGCUCCAGGAAAGACCCUGGCAAGGCCACCCCGGGCUCCCUGAGGCCCGCCAAGUCGGUGCCAUCUAUCUUCGUGGCUGCAGCAACAGGGACCCAGGGCUGGCCAGGGCUCUCCCCCAGCGAGCGGCACGUGGAUGCCCCUGCCCGGCUGGCUGCAGCAGAGGAACUGGUGGCCGCAGCUCCCCUCGCUGCCCAUGCCAAACACGGGAGCCGAGAUGGAAGCACCCAGACUGACAGCCCCCCGGACAGCACCACCACCUGCCUGGGCCUGGAGCCUGACAGCCUUCUAGGGUGCAGCAGUGGCCAGAGGACAGCCUCGCUGGAUUCUGUUGCUACAUCCAGAGUCCAGGACCUGUCGGACAUGGUGGAGAUACUGAUCUGAAGGAGGGGGUGCCUCGGGGACUCGGAACCAUUCCCCACUCUCCUCUGCCCUCUGCCACGCGGCCAUUCCAGCAGCCCCUCCAGCUGCUGCUUCCCCACUUUCCCCAACCGGGCACUUGUUCCCAUGGACCAUCUGGUCCCCGGAGCUGAAGAAGGAUGCUGCAGGGGAGAGGGGAGCUGUGAGCACCUGCACCCCAGGAGACCCUGCUUGCCAGCCCCACACUCUUCCUGGGCCCAUGUACCAUAAGCUUCACCUGCUGCCCAAGGCUUGCUGCCGGGGUAGUAACUGAAAGCUCAGAAGGGAGCCCCCUCGGCACCCCUAGUGGGCACUCAGGCCGGGAGGGAGGGGAUUUGUCGAUUUGAGGGGGGCUGAUUUCCAAGGACAGCUGCCGCGGACACCAGGUGCGCUGGUUUAGCCUGGCUGAAUUGUGGUCCCUCCCACCUCAUCUGCUCCUCAGCUCCUCACUGCCUUCUUGGGAUCAUUAAGACAUAUCUCAUGGGGACUGUUGAGGGUGUUAGUCCCGCAGAAGCCACCGCCUCAGCUGCUCACUGGAGAGGCUUGGGAGGCGCUGUGCAGUUUGUACAUAAUCCCCUUUCUUGUGGAAGAGAAGAUUGAAGCGGGCUGCUGCAGGUGUGGCCCGGUUCCCGUGACUUCUGACCAGCCUCCCAGUUACCUCCCCUUCCCAAGUCCUUGGCCCGUGGCUGUUGAUACUGAUGGGUCCACGGGAUAUUAGCUGUCCUCUUGUCCAUCCUGAGCCCUGUUUUAUAUGCCCAUGGGACCCACCCCCAUCACCAGCCUCUUGAAAUGGCUCCACAGCUCCUGUCCCUGGGACAUCCUGUCGGUUUGGUUACGAACCCUGAGCCAGAUGAUGUAAGUCACCACACAGGCAUUGCCACAGUGGGCUUCCCAGCACCGGCUCUCCUGAAGGAGACUGGAGAGAUGGCCUUGUUUUUGUCAGAGCCUUUGUUCCCACCUGAAGGGACUGGGAGAGGGAGCUGUGCUGGUGAGAACUAGUCCUGUGAGAUGUGAGAUGUGAGAUGUAGCUCAGAGGGUCCUCUGAGGGGAGCCCCCGUUGCAGCAUGGUGCCAUGAGGCUGGCUCCUCUAGCUGCCUGCGUCCAGUGUCCCAGAGCAGGGCCAGCGCUUGGCCAAGGGAGUGAAGCAUCCAAUGGCAGCCUGCCCAUGGCCGUGACCUUGACUUCUGGUCUUAAAGAGUCCCCCAACUCAGCCCCAGGAGCGAUUAGUGGGUUUUAGUCGUUUGUCUUGACUGUUUUUAGUUCUCCAUGAAUCUUUGUUUUUUUCCUUUACUGUUUUUAGGUUUUGUAUGUUAUUUUAUUCCCGUGGUUCCUCAAGUUUCCUUUUUAAACAUUUGCAUUUGCUGGACAAUUGCAUAUUUUUUUAAAUCCACCCCCCAACCCCUCUUUAAAGCUGAAAAAUGCAUUUGGUUCUUGUGCAUUGUUUACAAAGCAAAAAGAAAAAAAAAGAAAAAAAGGCAAAAAAAUAUUGUGAAAGGAAAAAAAAACAACUUAAUAUAUUUUGGAUUAAUAUUUGGUAUUUCUUUUAAAGUAUUUUUUUGUGCUGUGAACAUUUUCUGCCAAAGACCAUGAUGUGUGUCUGUAUGUUUAAGUUAUGGUAAAUAUUUAAAGUGUAAACAUGGCUGUUUUGUUAUGCCACCCUGUACCAGGAUUGCUGCUGCAUUCCAUUGGGUAUAACAGUAUUUUAAUUAAAUUUUUUUUUAAUUAAAA